UUUAAUCAUUUACAGCUAUUCGAUCUUAAGUGAAGGUCUGAAAUAUGUCAAUUACAAUCAAGGAGCUCGGAAUAACCGAGAAUGAUUUUCAACUAGUAUGGCUCGUAAUCAAUUUCACGCUCCUCGCCAGCUUCAUCUCUUCUAUGAAUGGCAUCAUUUUAUUCGUUAUAUAUAAUCCUAUCAAUAUCGAAUUCAAUUUAAAGCGAAAUAGCAAUGUAAAGAUGGAAGAAAGGUAUAUAUAUAUAGUAGAAGAACUUCAUAAACAGUCCAUACAUAAAAUCCUGAUUAAAAUUAUCAAAGAUUCUUUUACACGCUCCUCACAGAAUCUGUCGUUUUUAUCACCACUCUCUAAGCAGUAUUCAGUUUUGGAACUAUAUAACUCUUCACCCAAUCCAUUGAGCAGGUCUACUCCUAACUCUACACUUGAAAUCGUCUACAAAUUGAAAAAAUAUAUAUUUCGAUUGCUAUUGGAGAACAUAUAG